AUGCGUGUCGCUGGCGGCAUUGCUGUCGCCCUCAGCUUAGUAGGCGCAGCCUCCGCAUCCCUCCAUCCUCGCUCCCAUGAAUCUCGCGACUAUUUCGCCCUUCACCUCGAUGAUGCCACUCCUCCGGCCGACGUUGCACGAAUGCUAGGUGCUCGACAUGAGGGACAGAUCGGGGAGCUUGCCGGCCAUCACACCUUCUCACUGCCUCGAGAGCAGAGCCCAGACUUCAAUGCCGCAUUGGAUAGCUUGAAAUCUAGGCGAAAGCUCCGUCGCCGAUCGGGUGAGGGGGUUGCAUCCAGGAGUACAGAUCCGCUGGAGGGAAUUCUAUGGUCACAGAAGCUGGAGCCGCCUCGACAAAGGCUGCAGAAGCGGGCGCCUCCCGUUUCUUCCAAGCACUUGGUUGAGAGAAUCAGCCCAAGAGCGGAUCCAAAAGCGCUGGAGGAACAGACUAAGAUGAUGUCAACUUUAGGAAUCACCGACCCGAUCUUCAAAGACCAAUGGCAUCUAUAUAACGUCCAGCAGCCCGGUCACGAUCUCAAUGUGACGGGUGUCUGGCUGGAGGGAAUCACUGGCCAUGGAGUGGCGACGGCUGUCGUUGACGAUGGAUUGGAUAUGUACAGCAACGACUUGAAGCCCAAUUACUUUGCCCAGGGCUCGUGGGAUUUCAACGAACAUGGACCCGAGCCGCGACCUCUCUUGUACGACGACAAGCACGGUACGCGGUGCUCGGGCGAAAUCGCAGCGGCCAAAAAUGAUGUGUGUGGUGUGGGUGUUGCUUACGACAGCAAGGUGUCGGGUAUUCGGAUUCUAUCCAAGGCGAUUGACGAUAUCGACGAAGCAGCUGCCAUCAACUUUGCCUUCCAAGAUAACGAUAUCUACUCCUGCUCGUGGGGUCCUCCCGACGAUGGUGCAACCAUGGAUGCGCCAGGUCUUUUGAUCAAGCGGGCGAUGGUCAACGGUGUGCAGCAGGGACGAGGUGGAAAGGGCUCGAUCUUCGUGUUUGCCGCCGGUAACGGCGCCCUCUUUGGCGACAACUGCAACUUCGACGGAUACACCAACAGCAUUUAUAGUGUAACCGUCGGGGCUAUUGACCGACAAGGAAACCACCCGACCUACUCCGAGUCCUGCUCCGCGCAGCUGGUUGUCGCAUACAGCAGUGGAUCUGGGGAUGCAAUUCACACGACUGAUGUGGGUACGGACAAGUGCUAUUCACAGCACGGUGGUACUUCGGCGGCAGGCCCGCUUGCCGCCGGCUCGAUUGCCCUUGCGCUCAGUACUCGACCGGAACUCACCUGGCGUGACAUUCAAUAUUUGAUGAUUGAAACAGCGGUGCCGGUCAACGAGAAUGAUGGAAGCUGGGUGGAUCUUCCUUCUGGGAAGAAAUUCAGCCAUGACUGGGGUUUUGGCAAGGUCGAUACGUAUGCUUUGGUUCACAAGGCCCAGACUUGGGAUCUGGUGAAGCCCCAGGCGUGGUUUAAUUCUCCCUGGCUGCGAGUACACAACAGCAUUCCCCAGGGCGCUCAAGGUCUUCUGAGCCGCUAUGUGGUGAAGGACGAGCAGCUGAAGGGUGCAAAUUUCGGCAAGUUGGAGCAUGUUACGGUGACAAUGAACAUCAACCACACUCGCCGUGGUGAUCUCAGCGUGGAACUGCGUAGUCCGAAGGGCAUCGUCAGUCAUCUCAGUGUCGCUCGUCAGGGCGACGAUGAAAAAGCAGGUUAUGUUGAUUGGACCUUUAUGUCUGUUGCUCACUGGGGCGAAUCACCCGCGGGAGAGUGGACUGUGAUUGUCAAGGAUACCCAAGUCAACGAGUUUACUGGCGAUUUCAUUGAUUGGAGACUCAACCUCUGGGGUGAAUCCAUCGACGGUACCAACCAAUCUCUUCACCCACUUCCCGAAGAGAACGAUGAUGAUCACCCGUACGAGGAAGCGCACGUAGCCACCACUACUGUUGAAGCUGUGCCUAUAAAGACCGCCACCCCUACCAACCCUGAUGACCAUCACGACCGGCCAGUCAAUCAGAAGCCCAGUGACUCGGCCGCGACCGGACUACCUACUGAAGAAUUAGACACCACCGUCACCGGUGCUCCCACCAGUGCCGCUUCUCCUACCUCGACCUCUUCUUCGGACCAUCUGUCCAGCUACCUUCCCUCUUUUGGCGCUUCGAAGCGCACUCAAGUUUGGAUCUACGCAUCUCUGGCGAUGAUUAUCAUGUUCUUCAUUGGCUUGGGUGUCUACUUCCAGCUUCAGCGUCUGAAGCGUCGCCGCACCAGCCCUAAUGAUGAUUAUGAGUUCGAAAUGAUCGAGGACGAGGAUGAGAUGCACCCCAUGACUGGUGCAGGUGGCCGGACUCAACGUCGGGGCGGUGAGUUAUACAAUGCCUUUGCUGGUGAGAGCGACGAGGAGAUCUUCAGUGACGAUGAGGGCCCGUACCGGGACCAACUGGGUUACGUUCCUGAAAAGGACGGCGAGGACGACUCCAACGAUCGCUUGUUGUCUGAAAAGCGGUGA